CGCAAUAGUUCACAAGAGCAACGGAGUGUCUAAUUGACGAUCAUACGAUUCUUCGCUAGUAUUUGCCACGGGUGUUACUUUUUUCUCUUAGACUUUUGGUGUAAACAGCUUCCAGAAACACUUCAAAUCGAACGGGUGUACAGUGGAUUCGAAAGAACGAUGUCAGACACAGUUGGAAAGGUCAUCAAAUGUAAAGCUGCUGUGGCGUGGAAAGCAAAGGAACCUUUAUCCCUGGAGGAAGUCGAAGUAGCACCGCCAAAAGCACACGAAGUUCGCAUUAAGGUAGCAGCUAUAGCACUUUGCCAUACAGAUGCUUAUACUUUGGAUGGGUUGGAUCCAGAAGGAGUAUUUCCCUGUAUACUUGGUCAUGAAGGCAGUGGCAUUGUAGAAAGUGUCGGCGAGGGUGUCACUGAAUUUCAAUGCGGUGACCAUGUUGUGCCGCUUUACAUUCCUCAAUGUGGAGAUUGUAAGUUCUGCAAGUCGCCAAAGACGAAUCUGUGCAGCAAAAUCCGUGAGACUCAAGGCAAGGGUCUAAUGCCAGAUGGUACUUCUCGUUUCACAUGCAAGGGACAAACAAUUUCACAUUUCAUGGGCUGCUCUACCUUCUCUGAAUAUACGGUGGUGGCUGAUAUUUCACUUGCAAAGGUUACACCUGAAGCACCGUUGGACAAAAUAUGCCUCUUGGGCUGUGGCGUAUCUACAGGCUACGGUGCGGCUCUGAACACUGCGAAGGUAGAGCCUGGGAGCACCUGUGCUAUUUGGGGCUUGGGAGCUGUCGGUCUAGCUGUAGCACUCGGCUGCAAGAAAUCUGGCGCAUCUCGCAUCAUCGGGAUAGAUAUCAAUCCGGACAAAUUCGAGAGAUCUAAAAUCUUCGGAUGCACCGAAUUCGUUAACCCCAAAGACCACGACAAACCCAUCCAGCAGGUGUUAAUCGAGAUGACUGAUGGCGGGCUAGAUUACACCUUUGAAUGUGUCGGAAAUGUAAACACUAUGAGAGCCGCGUUGGAGUCCUGUCACAAAGGAUGGGGCACAUCCGUGAUAAUAGGAGUAGCACCGGCUGGACAGGAGAUUAGUACGAGGCCAUUUCAAUUAGUCACGGGUCGAGUAUGGAAGGGAACUGCAUUCGGCGGAUGGAAGUCAAAGCAGAGCGUACCAAAACUGGUGGAUGAAUAUCUGUCAAAGAAAUUACUUCUCGACGAAUUCAUCACGCACCAUUUCCCGUUCGGAAAAAUCAACGAAGGGUUCGAUCUGUUGCAUUCGGGAAAUUGUUUGAGAACCGUCAUCAAGUUCCAAUAGUAUGGUGGCCUACUGAUUUUGAUGUCUUCCGUGAUUUACAAAAAGAAAAUAUACUCGAUGGGGGACAAAUAUAAAUAUGUGUUUCUGGACUUUCUAUCGUUUGCUAUGUUUUGUAUGUAUCAAGUAACAGAAACAAAUGAAAUAUUCAAUAAAUUUUACAUCUAGCUUA